UCGAUCCCAAGAUAGUGGUGCGUGAGUUAACCUUGGAUAUUCCCGGUUUAGAAUCUCAAAAACUUAAAUUCUUGAUUGAUUACGACGAGUUCAUGUUAUGUCAUACGGAUAAAGGAACCACAGUUUGGAACCCGUGGUUGAAACAAAUUAGUACAUGGAUUAGACAUCCUAGGUUUGAGUUUGUAGGCAGAUGUUAUGAUGGUAGUAAUUGGACAAGCAUUUGGGGAAAUUAUAACGUGUGGAUAAUCCAUGACUUUGCGUUCGUUGCGUGGAGACACGUUACAUCCGGUGAUAGUGACCAGAGAAAAGAACAACUUAAAAUUAUGCAUUCUGAAAUUGGUGGAUCGUUGAACGGGUCUUUGUUUUGGAUUGCUUAUCUUGACGAGACAGAUCCCGUGUACCGUUUAUGUAGAUUUGAUUUUUACAAGGAAAGAUUCUACACAUUUUGUGAUCUACCAUGUGGUAUGAGCCAUCCUCACGAUGCGCUUGUCGUUAGUUUCUUUAAGGGAGAUCGGUUUACAGUUUUGAAGCAAUGCCAUGUAACAAAGGAGAUAGAGAUUUGGGUGACCAAGAACAUGAUUAACGUCGAGGAUGGUGAUGAUGUGGUUUGGGUGAGUUUCAUGACUUUUUCAAUUCCUACCUUUCCGAGUUUAGUACAGGCUGAACCCUACUCUGAUCAGCAGCCAAGUUACUAUAUCGACGAUAAAAGGCUUGUCGUGUGUUCUUGCGAUGAAAAUGGCAAGGCUUGGAUUUAUGUGCUGGGGGAAAACAAGUUGAUCAGCAAAGUUCAGUUAGAUUCUGUGGUUGAUCCUUGGCCUUCUCAUUGCACUUAUUUUCCCAGCUUGGUCCCUGUUCCUCGAGAAAAAGAUGAAGCAGAAUUACACGUUUAA